UGAGAGAGGGCGUGCGUCUCUGUGGUUAUAAAGUUGGGGGUGGAGUGGCCGGGAGAUGAUGGCUGAUGAAGAGGAAGAAGUCAAGCCGAUCUUGCAGAAAUUGCAGGAACUAGUGGAUCAGCUCUAUUCAUUUCGAGACUGCUAUUUUGAGACACAUAGUGUUGAGGAUGCUGGGAGGAAGCAACAGGAUGUGCGGAAGGAGAUGGAGAAGACCCUACAGCAGAUGGAAGAAGUAGUGGGUUCUGUCCAGGGCAAGGCGCAAGUUCUGAUGCUAACUGGGAAAGCACUAAAUGUGACUCCUGACUAUAGCCCUAAGGCUGAGGAGCUUCUGUCAAAGGCUGUGAAGCUGGAGCCCAAGCUGGUGGAAGCCUGGAACCAGCUGGGUGAGGUGUACUGGAAAAAAGGGGAUGUUGCAGCUGCCCACACCUGCUUCUCAGGAGCCCUUACCCAUUGCAGGAACAAAGUCUCCUUGCAAAACCUGUCAAUGGUGCUUCGCCAGCUGCGGACUGGCACUGAAGAUGAACAUUCUCACCAUGUCAUGGACAGUGUCCGACAGGCUAAGCUGGCUGUUCAGAUGGAUGUCCAUGAUGGCCGCUCCUGGUAUAUCCUUGGGAAUUCAUAUCUUUCCCUUUACUUCUCUACUGGCCAGAACCCAAAGAUCUCCCAGCAAGCCCUCAGUGCCUAUGCCCAAGCGGAGAAGGUUGACAGAAAAGCUUCUAGCAAUCCUGACCUUCAUUUGAACAGGGCGACGUUGCAUAAAUACGAAGAGAGCUAUGGGGAGGCCCUGGAGGGCUUCUCUCGGGCUGCUGCCCUGGACCCUGCCUGGCCAGAGCCCCGGCAACGAGAGCAACAACUUCUGGAAUUCCUGGAUAGAUUAACCAGCCUCCUUGAGAGUAAGGGAAAGGUGAAGACCAAAAAGCUGCAGAGCAUGCUGGGAAGCUUGCGCCCAGCCCAUCUAGGCCCUUGCAGUGAUGGGCACUACCAGUCAGCCUCUGGGCAGAAAGUGACCCUGGAGCUCAAGCCACUGAGUACGCUUCAGCCUGGGGUGAACAGUGGUGCCGUCAUCCUGGGAAAGGUGGUGUUUAGCCUUACCACAGAAGAGAAAGUCCCCUUUACAUUUGGCCUGGUAGAUUCAGAUGGACCUUGCUAUGCAGUGAUGGUGUACAAUAUAGUGCAGAGCUGGGGAGUGCUCAUUGGAGACUCUGUAGCCAUCCCUGAGCCUAACCUGCGUCUUCACCGAAUUCAGCACAAGGGAAAGGACUAUUCCUUUUCCAGUGUUCGAGUGGAGACGCCCCUCCUGCUGGUGGUGAAUGGGAAGCCUCAGGGAUCCAGCAGCCAGGCUGUUGCUACAGUGGCAUCGCGACCACAGUGUGAAUGACCUUCUUUGACUUGUGUGCUCAACAGGGACUGGAGGAGAGGGGCCAAGGCUCUGUGCAGUUGGUCCAGCCACAUCCAGUGAUUCAGCAGGAAUGGGAGGAAUGUUUUAAAUGAACUUUCCUUUUCCCUGCCUGUAUUACGCUUCGUAUCUCUUCUCUCUCCUCUGUCCUCAUCAUGUUCCAGCUCUCUCCAGGGCCACAUACUCUUCUGGCAUAUCUCUGCUGUCUCUUCCACUGCUCUCUAUGUUUUAAGCAAAGAGCAUGGAAUUGGUAGAAGUCUUGGGAUCUUGCCAUGGGACACAGUCCCCAAGGUUCCUGUUGUUGCCUCCUUCCUAAGCCUCAUAUGUAUAUAUCAGUUCAGUAUUUAUUGCUAAAGGAAGGGGCUUAAUUUUAUAAUGGCUUUGUUUUUAGCAAUUUUUAUUGUUAUUUUUAAAAUUUAGGUCCUUCCUCUUCUUUGGGGCUGGAACAGAAUAAAUUUGUUUGGAA